AUGGCUGAAGUGGAGGUGUGGGAACAAGUGUUAAAUGCUGCAUCGCCAUCAUGGCAGGCAUCACGACCAAGACGAUCAAUCCGCCGACGGCUGGAGGACAAGUGGAAAAGCAUCCAAGUUGAAAGUCAGGACGCGUACUCUAUCGAGCGCCUCGAGAGUCUCAACUUGUACUGCACCACCACAUCCACCAGUCGUGUCAUAUUACUAUGCGUGCUGACGCCGGUCCCAGCAUUGCUGGCAGCUUUGGUGUUGCAGAGCUUUCCCCUUCGCCCACCGACAGAAGGGUUGGUUGCGAAUUGGGUCUUCUGGCUGCGGUUGUUCAUUACCCACAGUAUGAUUGGUGUUGUGGAAAACUCAAGCAUGACCAGACUGAUACCAGGACUCGUAUACCCGGUUUGGAAGCGGAUAGCGGUAGCUUUGGUGACGAACGUCGCGUUUGUUGCGACGUGCCUUCUUGCAGCAAGCCAGAUCGGAUUCCCACUGCCAUUUAUGAUGCAAUUUGGCGUUGUUCCGAUUGGAAUUUUCUCAGCCCUAGCGACUCGGCUGGGGCUUGGCCCAGUGUUGUUUGCAAAGGAUUCACCCUUGAAGUCUCAAGCCGACCGCUAUAACCGCUUCUUUGGCUCAUUCAUGGUUCUUUGCGGUGUGUUUCCAGUCUACAAGGUGCUGUAUGACCUGAUACCAGUGACAUAUCGGGGUGUCAUCGUGGUCCUUCUGCCAGCGUGGAAGUUUGCAGCGAAACAUUUCAUGGUGCGCAGUACACGGGAUUUCGAAGACGUCAUGCCAGUGCUGGUUACACUUGCCGUGGAUUUCUUAUGUACAAUCUUUAUUUCGGUGUGCAUGUCGUCUACGCAGUCAAUAUCCUCGAUGUUGCUUUUCGUCGCAGUCAAUAUUGGGCAAUCUCUACUGGAAUUCCGUGCAAUGAGUGCAAACGGGAAAGCUCUUCGCGAGCUACUAGACGAUCGAGACGACCCAACUAGCAGAGUGAAGAACCAAGAACAGAAUCAACUGAGCACACGACAAAUUGUGGCUCAAGGCGUGCAGCUCCUGUUUCAUUCCGAGCUUGUGGCUCUUGUCCAAUACGUUGAAUGCAUCGUGCCUAUCAUUUUCUUGAUAUACAAGUCGGUGCUGGAACAAAUGCCGAACGUUAUGUUCUACCCCGGUGAUGCUGGCAACUGGGACAUGGAAUCGUUUGUAAAUAUCUCGGUGUUUGCGGUGAUGGAGAUUGCGCUGUUGCUAUGCUUCAACACGUUCCUGCGCCACCGAUUUGGAUUUUUUCCGUUUUAUCUGCUGGGGUUUGUGCUCGAGACGGAGGUGUGCAUCGUCCAAGCGAUCCUUUUCGUCUUUGUUCUGGUCAUAUUACAGUACGAACUGGAGCAUUUUGGUCAGUUGACUAUCGCCAUUUAG